CCUUCAACAAGCAUCAUGAAUCCAAUGCCUGGCCAGCCGGGUGCUCCUGUCCUAUGGCAGGAAGCCCGAAAUGCUGAAGGAAGGGUCUACUAUUACAAUGUGCAGACCAAAGUGACGCAAUGGGCAAAGCCAAUUGAGCUGAUGACCCCCGUGGAGCGUGCCCUUUCCAAUCAACCGUGGAAGGAAUAUACGGCAGAAGGAGGGCGCAAAUACUGGUACAACACGGAGACCAAGGCGAGCACGUGGGAGAUCCCUGAGGUUUACAAGAAUGCGCUCGCACAGGCUCCAGCUGCCCCAGUGCCCGCAGCGCCGGCUCCUCCUGUUGCCGCCCCCGCUUUCGUUGCAGGUGGUUUCGCGCAACACCCACAUCGUGAGCGUGAACGAGACCGAGACCGAGACCACCGAGACCGUGACUACCGCGACCGUGAUCGCGAUCGUGACCGUGACCGUGACCGUGACCGUGACCGCGACGACUAUGACCGGGGAUAUGGCGACCGUCGUGGAGGAUACGGUUCCUAUGAUCCAAGCGGAAUGGCAGCCGCCUCAGCUUUGGCCACACAGGCCGACCCCGAGUAUGGCUCCCUUGAAGAGGCAGAAAGUGCCUUCAUGAAAAUGCUCAAGCGAAAUAACGUUCAGCCCGAGUGGUCCUGGGAGCAGACGAUGCGCGCGACUAUUAAAGAUCCCCAGUAUCGUGCUCUGAAGAAUCCGAUUGAUCGCAAGACAGCUUUUGAGAAAUACGCGGCCGAGGUUCGCAUGCAGGAGAAGGACCGGGCGAAAGAACGAUUCGCUAAGCUCCGCGCAGAUUUCAAUACCAUGCUGAAGCGGCAUCCUGAAAUCAAACACUACAGUCGUUGGAAGACUAUCCGGCCCAUUAUCGAGGGCGAGACGACUUUCCGAGCUACCGACGAUGAGAAUGAACGGCGCCAACUCUUCGAGGAGUACGUCGUUGAGCUCAAGAAAGCACACGCUGAACAAGAGUCCGCAACGCGCAAGGCGGCUAUGGACGAGCUCGUGAACAUUCUCAACUCUCUCAACCUUGAGCCAUAUACGCGCUGGUCGGAGGCUGAAGCGGUCAUUGAAUCCAACGAUAAAGUCAAAGCUGAUGAUAAGUUCAAGACACUGACCAAGUCUGACAUUCUGACUGCUUUUGAAAACCACAUCAAGACUUUGGAGCGUGCGUUUAAUGACGCUCGCCAACAGCAAAAGGCAGUCAGGGCCCGAAAGGAUCGCCGUAACCGUGAAGGAUACUUGGAGCUGUUGAAGGAGCUCAAGUCCCAGGGGAAAAUCAAGGCGGGCAGCAAAUGGAUGGACAUUCGUCCCAUAAUCCAAGAUGACUCCCGGUACCAGGCAAUCCUCGGCCAGUCUGGAUCAACCCCUCUUGAUCUCUUCUGGGAUAUGGUUGAGGAAGAGGAGCGUUCUCUGCGUGGCCCUCGUAAUGACGUUCUGGACGUCCUUGACGACAAACACUACGAGGUUACUGCCAAGACUACGCUUGAGGAAUUCACCGAGAUCAUGCUUUCUGAUCGACGCACUUCUAAGAUUGAUUCCGAUAUCUUGAGUCUUCUCUUCCAGCGCAUUCAAGAGAAGGCCGUCCGCCGUGAUGAGGAGGAGAAACAUGCAGCAGAUCGACACCAACGCCGCGCAGUUGAUGCACUUCGCUCUCGGAUUAAGCGUCUGGAGCCCCCUGUGCGUCUGGCAGAUACCUGGGACGAGGUCAAAUCCCGCCUCGAGAAGUACGAAGAGUACAAGGCUGUGGAAUCUGAUGAACUGCGUGAGUCCGCGUUCGAGAAGGUCAUUCGCCGUCUUAAGGAGAAGGAGGAAGACGAGAAGGACCGUGAUCUCCGUGAUCGUGAUCGUGACCGCGACCGCGACCACAGCCGCCGUCGCGAUUAUGACCGCGGUGAUCGCGACUACCGCAGCAGCCGUGGUGAGCGACGUGGUGGCAGUCGAGUCAGCCGUACUCCCGAGGCCGAUGCGUACGAGGCCGACCGCCGCAAAGCCCAGGCGGACCGUGAACGAUCCUACCGCAAGGUCAGCGCAUUCUCCCCCUCUCGUGAGCGCCGUGAGGAUCGUGAGCGUGAUAGAGGAGACCGCGAACGCGAGCGUUACCGUGAACGUGAACGUGAUCGAGGAGACCGUGAUUUUGAGCGCCGUCCUGGCGACCGACGAGAAGACGAACGCGAGCGCCUGUAUCGCACUCGUGGAGAUCCCCGUGGUGGUCGCGACGAGCUCGAUUACGGUGAAACUCGCAGCACGGCCAGUACAGAUCGUCGUCGCCGUCGGGAGAGUGACUCUGAGAGUGUGGCGAGUCGGUCAACGAAGCGAUAUCGCCGUGAUAGCCGUGAGCGGGAUCGUAGCAAGGGUCCUCGACGCAGUGGGCGGGAACGCUCUGCGAUCCCAGAAGAGCAGAGCAAGAAGGAUGAGAAGGCUAUUCACUCUGGCAGCGAGGAGGGAGAGAUUGAGGAGGAUUGA